AUGUACGCCUUCUACUCUUUACUCGUCUACAUCUUCUACUCCGUCUUCAAGGAGGAGGGGAAGGAGGAGGGGGAGGAGAGAGAGGAGGAAGGGGCAUGUGGAUACUCCUCCCCCAAGCAGCCUGGCCAUGUUUCCAUGGAAACAGGGAGCAGGAGAGGAGGAGGCCACACCCCCAGGAUGGGGAAAAGGGGUUGGUCCAGACUCAGUGAUUCCAGUAGCAGCAGUGACAGCGAUGGCCUCUCUCAGAGUGAGGAGGAUGAGGACUGCGGUGGCAGUGACCUGCCACUGCCUGCCAAGACCCCCCUGGCUGCCUUCCUCUCCUUCAAACAGGAGGCCGAGCGCAGAAGAGCCUCCACUGUACAGCUGGAUGUGGCAGAAAAGGUGAGCGAGUCUCCUCUGGUGGCGGUGAUGUCGCACCUGCUGAGCUUCCUGGAGCAGUACUCCCACCUGCAGCAGCUGCAGCAGCAGGCCGAGCAGUACCGUGUGCAGCUGCGCAGGCACCGCGUGCAGCACCGCCGCCACAUGAAGGCCCUGCGCCAGCACUACCGCCAGCGCCUCCGCGACAAGAGGAGCAUCAUCUGCAGCCUGGAGGAGGUCAUCAGCCAGCAGACCACACCCACCGAAGGUGAGAGCAAACCACUCCCACCGGGGAAGGCGGCGGCAGGCCUGCACACCCUGGUGGAGUCCCUGUGUGGUCUGCAGGGGGAGCGCACCCAGCUGAGGGGCGAGCUGAGGAUGCUGCACUCCCAGCUGGAGCAGAAGGAGGUGGACCGCCACGCCAAGGUGCAGGCCUUCCAGCAGCAGAUCGACGAGCUGAAGAGUUGUAUUGAGGAGCGAGAGGAGGAGCUGAGUCGGCUGAGGACUGCAUCGGGGGCCACUGAUUCGGAGAAGCGUGUUGUGUGUCUGUCGGCGGAGAAUGAGAGUCUGAAGCACAGCCUGAGUGUCACACAGGGCCUCCUGCAGCAGCUCUCCGUCAUCCCCAACCAGUCCAGCUCCGUCCUCAUGAAGGAGAAUGAGAACCUGCGCAGUCGCGUGCAGCAGCUGGAGAGUACACUGCAGCAGCGGGCGGAGCAACUGUCACAUCUGGAGAGACAGAGCGAGCAGCAGGAGUGGAGGAGAGGAGAGGAGCUGAGGAGGAGAGACGAGAGACUCAAGGAGCUGCAGCUGGAACUGGACAAGGAGCGCAGCAAGGAGCCACUGGUCAAGCAUGUGACUCAGACUGUAGAGGUGGAGUCUCAGGCAACCCUGAGCCGGUUGGCUGAAAGCAGGCAGAAGAACGAGCGGCUGACAAAGAAGCUGUCCAAUCAGAACGAGCGAUGCAAACAGCUGGAGGAACACCUCAGACGCUCUGAUGAAGUCACCUGCAAUUUACAACACAAGAUUGCGGCAUACGAGCGUGAGAUCACCAUGCUGCGGGAGGAGCUGAUGAAGGAGAUCGGCCAUCUUGAGGAGCGCAAGGAGGAGGCCGUCAAGGCUGCAGCCAACUGCUCUGACGGCCAGCUGCAGAACCUGCAGGACCAGUUCCUCACCCUACAGAGCCGUCUAAGUGCUCUUCCUCCCUCUCUGCGCUCCAUGAAGACGGACUACGCCAGCCUGAGGACGCAGGUGCGCAACUUCUCAGACUUCUACGGAUGUGCCAUCAAGGAGGCCAAGAAACAGAUCUCAGCAGCCAUCAGUGAGAUGUCGGAGGCCAAUAAGGACCUGCUGGAGAAGUACAGGAAGGAGGUGGCCCUCCGCAGGAAGUAUCACGAGCAGCUGGUGGAGCUCAAAGGCAACAUCCGUGUGCUGUGCCGUGUGAAGCCGGUGCUGAAGGAGGACCAGCAUGAGGAGGGCCAGGCGGUGGUGGUCACCACGGAUCCCCAUAACGAGUCCGCCCUCACCGUCCUCAGCAAGGGCAAAGGUCGCACCUUCGAGCUCGACAAGGUCUUCCACCCUCAGGCCACUCAGGAGGAGGUGUUCCAGGAAAUCGAGCCUCUUGUGACGUCCUGCAUCGAUGGAUAUCACGUCUGCAUUUUUGCUUAUGGCCAGACGGGAUCGGGCAAAACCUACACCAUGGAGGGCUAUUCAGAGAAUCCUGGUAUAAACCAGCGAGCUCUGAAGCACCUCUUCAAAGAGAUAGAGGAGAGGAAGGACAUGUGGGGCUACACAGUCAGCGUCACCUCUGUGGAAAUAUACAAUGAAGUCCUCAGAGACCUCCUGAGUAAGGAUGGGGAGAAGCUGGACAUCAAGAUGAACCCUGACGGCUCUGGCCAGCUGCACGUGCCCGGCCUCAGGGCCAUCGAGGUCAAGAGCUUUCAGCACAUUAAGAAGAUUCUUGCCAUGGCCCGCCGCAACCGCAUCACCUUUGGCACCCAGAUGAACCAGCACAGCUCCCGCUCUCACGCCCUCCUCAUGAUCACCGUGCAGGGAGUAGACCUGGCCACUGGCACCAAGACUACAGGCAAGCUGAACUUGGUGGACCUGGCGGGUUCUGAGCGCGUGUGGAAGUCGGGUGCGGAGGGCGAGAGGCUGAAGGAGGCCCAGAACAUCAACCGCUCGCUGCUGGCCCUCGGUGACGUCAUCCAGGCCCUUAGAGGGCGCUCCACCCACAUCCCCUUCAGGAACUCCAAGCUCACCUACCUACUGCAGGACUCCCUCGGCAAGGGGAACAAGACCGCCAUGGUCGUGCAGAUCUCUUCCUUGGAGAGUAACGUUGGAGAGACCCUCUGCUCUCUGAAGUUUGCCCAGCGCGUUUGCAAAGUGGAGCUGGGGCCCGCAGCCCGCAAAAUCGAGUCAGGGGACAAAAUCCACGAGAACUGCUGUUGAACUCUCACCCUCACAUUCAGCACGGCUGGAAGGCCGACGGCCAAAACGCUUCCCAAUCAACCAAGAACCAAGCCACCAAUAAGGAGUC